AGAGGAGGCAUAAGGAGAAGGCAGGCAGGCAGACAUGGGACGAGCAGGGAGACUUCUCCUGCCUCAUCAGAGCCACCGGUUGUCGGGAGAGCGCGGCAGCCCCGCCCGCCUGUGGACUGACCACUGAAAGCCUGCAGGCCCCGGCUGAAUCCCAUGAAACAGGACCCAAAGGGGACAGAAGAAGGCCAUGAGAUAUUAAACACACUGAAGACCCACUGCCUGACUGUUGAGAAGGCCAAGGCCUGAUUCCUGUGGGGCUCAUGUCUCCGGACCCAGUGCACUUCACAAGGUGACAGCCCCUGAGUGGCAGAAGGCCUGGCAGGGGCAGCGGAUUGCUUCCCUGAGUGGCUGUGCUCUGGGGUCCAAGGAGAAGCACGUCAUCAUGCCGGAUGCCACCCAGGCAGCCAGGGUCCUGCAGCUGCCACGCCCUGACCGAGAGGCUGGACGAGCAGGUUUGACCACCCCGUGGAGGGGGCAUCGGUGGUCCUGGCUGCCCAUCACGCCAAGCUGCAGAAGGAAGAGGCAGGGAAUGACCACUCAGCUGCUUCCAACCAAAGUGAUCUCUUUCUUCGGAAAAGCCACGAACAGGCCUUGCUCUCCCGACCCAGCUGCGAGGCCCCAUUCGGCCAGUGCUGACCGAGUACCCACCUGGAGCCAGGCUUGGAGUUAAAACGUUGCCUGCAUCAACAGCACCCAGCCCAGUGAGGGAGAGAGACCUAUAAAGGAUCACUACAGUGCACGGUGCUAAGGCCUCACGGGGAAGACAGUGCCUGGCCCUCCGGGACGUCCUGAGGUGAUAGCCUCUGCCUGGGGAGUCAGCCAUGCCUCAGAGAGGAUACAACUUUGAAGCAGAGUCUGGCUCUCAUUUUCCCAUUCCGGGGAGAGAGCGACUCACGCUUGCAGAAGGUGCUGAGCGUCCUGGCCACCUGGACGAUGUGGGAUGGAGGUGCCAGGACUCACUUGCUCUGCUCCCCCUGCCGGGGACCAGCCAACCCCCCAGCCUGGCAUGCCGGGGGCUCCCGGUGGGCAGACCUCGCCCCGCCUCGCCCUGGGCCCCGUCCUCCUGCCGCCGGAGCAGGGCCUGGCGCCCACCGUCUUCCUGAAGGCCCUGCCCGUCCCGCUGUACCACACAGUGCCCCCCGGGGGCCUGCAGCCUCGUGCUCCCCUGGUGGCGGGCGGCCCGGAUGGGGGUGGCCUGCCCUUCAUCCUGAGCCCCCUGCUGCAGCCCGAUGGGCUGGGUCCCACCCAGGGGGGGAAGCCGCCGGCCCCCACGCUGACUGUGAACAUCGUGGGUGCGCUGCCCGUCCUGUCGCCGGGCCUGGGACCCCCGCUGGGCAGCCCCGGGAAGGUGAGGAAGGCGGGCAAGUACCUGUGCCCGCACUGUGGCCGCGACUGCCUGAAGCCCAGCGUCCUGGAGAAGCACAUCCGGUCCCACACCGGGGAGCGGCCCUUCCCCUGUGCCACCUGCGGCAUUGCCUUCAAGACGCAGAGCAACCUGUACAAGCACCGCCGGACGCAGACACACCUCAACAACUCGCGGCUGUCCUCAGAGGCCGAGGCGGGUGGUGGCCUCCCGGAGGAGGGGGACAGGGCCACCACAGCCCCCAGGGCGGAGGGCCUGGGCCAGAGAGUGGGCGAUGGGCCCUCAGGGAGACCCCCUUCCCCGGGAGUCCGGGGUGCUGGGCUCUGCCCACCGUCCACCACACAUCUGCCCCUCACUGCCAGGAAGCCAGACGUGAAGUUGGACGCUGGUCCCCGCCCGGGGUCCCCGCUUGACAGGGAGACCCCUUUGGACUCGAGCCACACAGCCUGCCCCGGGCUCCCGCCGGCCGGCACCCAGCCGCGGUGGAAGCUGCCGGAACAGAAGUCUCCGCCGGCCAGCAGGCCGUGUCCACUGCAGCGGCAGCAGGCAACCUCCUGGGAGAAGCCCUGGGAUGCCAAGGGCUCCGAGGGCCGCCUGAGGAAGUGGGAGAGCACUGACUCGGGCUACCUGUCCCGCUCGGACAGCGUGGAGCAGCCACCGGCCCCUGCCAGCCCCCUGCACAGCCUGUCAGAGCACAGCACCGAGGCCGAGGGCACCCCGGGGCCCGGGGCCGUGCCAGGCCCACGCGCAGCCGCCCUGGCCCUGGAGAAGCAGCAGCUGGAGGAGCGCAUCGCCCGGCUCAUCUCGCACAACCAGGCCGUGGUGGACGACCCCCAGCUGGACACCGUGCGCCCCCGCAAGACCGUCCUGUCCCAGCAGGGCAGCCUCGACCUGCCCACACCCUACACCUACAAGGACUCCUUCCACUUCGACCUCCGGGCGCGGGAGCCUGGCCGCCACAGGCAGGCCGCCCUCUGCACGGCACGCUCGGCUUGCGGGCCCGGGGACCGGGCGCGGCCCCUCUUCUUUCACUCGGUGCCCACGCAGCUCUCCACCACUGUGGAGUGCGGGCCCGUCACCAGGAGCAACUCGCUGCCCCUCGUCGAGGGCACCAGGACGUGGCGGGAGCAGCCGGGCCCCCGGGAGGCCUGGCCCAGGAAGCAGAAGCCGCUGAGCCCCAGGCCCGGCCCAGCCCGACUGGGUUGCAGCUUGGGGUUGAGCUGGGCUGGAGGCCCCAGCACGCACCCCCGGGCCCUGGUGCGGCAGGCUGCCGUGGAGGACCUGCCCUGUGCCCCCGCCGGAGAUACCCUGGCCCCCGCCCAGGCCCUGGAUGGAAAGGGGAGUGCUGCCCGCGAGGGGGCGGUGGGCAAGGGCGGAGGGGCAGGGAAGAAGUGUGGCCGGAGGAAGCCGAAGAUGUUCUCCCAGGAGAAGUGGCAAGUGUACGGGGACGAGACGUUCAAGAGAAUCUACCAGAAAAUGAAAACCAGCUACCACGGAGGCAGGAGGGGGAAGGAGGAGAGAGUGGGUGAAGGGCCAGGGCUGGACCCACACCCACGGGGAGAGGCCACGGCCCAGCCCGGGCAGCUGCGGAUCCCAGUCUGCAGAGGCGCCCCCUUCCCUCCUGGGGCUGCUUCAGAUGGGGCAGUGCCAGGCCUUUUGGGGAGACAGGUGCCCCAGGAUGUCUCCCUGGCGACUGAGCCUCCCGAGCAGAGGGAGCCGGAGGCCAGGCCAGGAGGCAGUGGCCAGCCCGGGUUGAGCAGGGCCGUGUCGUCGCCCCUCAGUGGCAGGGACGCCCCCUGUGUGGGCAGCAAGAGCCUUUUCCUUCUUCCAGCUGGGGGGCCGGAGCCAGGGGGGCAGCUGGCCCGAGGAGGGCAGCCAGAGGCCCCCAGGCCGGGGUUGCCCGACCCCAAGGAAGGAGGUGCCCAUGGGGAGGAGGGGGAGAAGGAGGCGGCUCUGUGUGGACAGAGCACCCCGAGGCUGCCCAGCCGUGGCUCUGGAGCACCCCAGCCCGUGGAGGACAAGCUCCCCUCGGAGAGGAAGAAGCUGAAGGUGGAGGGGCUGAGCAGUCUGGAGAAAUCAGAGCCUCUGGGAGCAGGAGGCAAGACAGGAGAGACCCCGGAUGGCCCUGCACGGCCCACCUCCCCACAGGAGCCAGGGGGGCCGCCCCAGAGUGCUGACGGCACGGAGUGUGGGAAGGCCAGGCUGGUGGACGUGCCUGCGGAGCCCCUUGUUUUGAGCCCAGCAGGGGUCCCCAACAGAAGCAGCUCCCAGCCUCGGCCUCCUGGCUUCCUGGCUCAGGCAGAUGAUGCUUUUCCCCCAAAGUACCUGCUCAGAUUACCUCGGAGAGAGACCCACUCCCCUCGGCCUGUCGCCCGGGAAUCCAUGCAGGAGCCCCUCUGCAAGAGAGCGUGGCCUCAGGAACUGGCCCCCUUUGCUGGACCAGGGAAGGGGGACCCGCUGUCUCCCAGCCCAGCUUCAGGCAGGACCCCAGAUGCGGCAGACAGUGUCCUGGUGGACCCUGGCUGUUCCAGGCUGUGGGAUGGGGUAAAAGGGAAGCAGUCGGGACAGGACAGUGGGACCAGAACGGACACUAGCACCCCAGCCCCUGGGGAGUCGCCAGGUGUAGCCGCCAGGGAGAUGGCCUCCUCCGUGGCCACCCUCACGUGUGACUCCGUCACAGCCCGGUCCUCGGAGGGUGAGGCCUGCACCAUCCGCCACCUCUGCAUGAGCAGCCCUGCGGCGAGGGCCGUGUCCUCUGGGGGGUUGUCGAAACCCUGGGCACCCAGGGCCACGGAAGACCCUCCACAGGGGCCUCCACUCUGGCUGCGUGCAGGCUGCUGCCCCCAGGCCGGCUCCUUCCCCUGGGCCGUCACUCUGCCCCAGGGCCCACCCCCGGCCCAGGCCGAGCCGGCCUCGUCUCCCCACUCAGGGACCCCCCGGAGCUGCGGGGCCGAGGGCCCCUUCCCCUCGCUGAAGGCUGAGCCCCAGCUGACGUGGUGCUGCUUGAGCUGCAGCAUUCCUCUGCCUGCAGAGCAGGAGGGGGCCUCGUCCGUGUUCUCACGUCUGCACCCCCCUGCCGGCAGCAGCCUGGGCCUGGAUCCCGACCCCAGGCCCCUGAGCAAAGCAGCGCCCGAAGGAUGGAUCAGCACAAGCCUGGGAGACCGAGGGCUGCUACAAACAUGGCAGCUCUCCUGCCCAAGAGCUCCGGGGAUGACCUCCCAGUUCCGGAUGUCUGAGCCAGAGCGGAAGGCAGGCCUGCACAGCAGGAGGGUGAGGACGUCUCGUGGGAGUGGCAAGCAGAAAAAACUGAGGAUCAACCCCAAAAGGUACAGAGGGAGCUUCCUGCAGAGACGCGUUCAGCUGCGAGCCAGCCGACUGCACAAGGUGGCUCUGAGAAAGGGCUGCCACCCUCACCGGCUCGAGAGGCCAGACCCAAGCAGGACCGGCCCCCAGGUGUCUUCAGAAGUGGCAGGUCUAAAUCGACAAGGAGAGCCACCUUGCGCCUCCUCAGAAUCACCUCUUUGUUGUGGAAAUGAAGGGAAGAGUGAAAAGUACUGCAGACAAAACUCAGGAACCUUCUCUCCUAGUCAGAGUUCAAGAAAUGUCACGGAAACAGACAAAUUAACUGUGGAGGAUAUUUCUCCAUCUGCUGGUGAGCAUGGCGGCAGUUCUCCGAACACUGCUGCCCUGCCAGGCCUAUCCCCACAGUCUGACUCCCGCUUGGCAGCGGCUAUGGACAACCUUCCACCACGAGGCAAAGGCCUUGACGUAGGGUUGCUCGAGACUCAGCUACUUCUCUCCCAGGAACAAGUCUCAGUAGUUACCAAACCGUGCAUUUUCUCAAAUGCUCAAGAGCCCUUUUCCUUUGACUCCAAAGGAAUCUCUUUCCCCGACGACGUUGCUACCUCUGCAGCUGCCCUUUGUACUUCGCUUGGGGCCAGAACAGGCCACACAACCCUGGGAAUCCCCACUGCAGAGCCACAAGGCCACAGCCAGGCUGCAACGGAGACCCUGGCGCAAAGCCCGCCAGACAGAAAACCUACCCUAGAGAGCACGUCCCCAUCGCCUCUGCCAGAGAAACCUUCAUCUGGACAAAGACUUUCAGGUUCUGUUGCAUUGAGGUCAACUGGGAAAACUCAUCUUGAAAUACCAGCCUCAGGGCUAAGUUCUAAUAAUUCACAGCAAGAAGAAGGGAGAGACAAGACUACUUUUCUUUCCAGGGAUCAAUACAGGUGUGGGGGAAAGGUUAUUCCCUGCCCACCUUCAGGAGAGGACAAUGAGAAAUGUCACGUUCCUGGAUUAUUCACAGAUUGUGUGGUUCCUUCGAACCCAGGGCAGCCCACAGAAACCCCCAAAGCCCCUUCUAAAACCGUCAAGAGGAGGAGUCUGGAAGGAAUGAGAAAGCAAACCCGGGUGGAAUUCAGUGACACCAGCAGCGACGAUGAAGACCGGUUAGUUAUAGAAAUAUGAAGCUUCUGGAAAGAUGGUGCCUCCUCUCAAAGACCUUGGGUGCUACACCAGUACAUGUCGUCGAGCUGGCCGGAGAGAACUCUGUUGAAGAAGCACCUAAAGAUUAGGAAAGCCAUUUGGGGUUCCUUACUAGCAUCCCCCAACCAAGUCCAAACCGCGCCCUUCCCUGCUCCCCCUGGGCAUGUCCCCAAGGCCCAUUCACAGGGUGCCGGGCAGGGCUGAGCGGCAGUGAAGCCACGUCUAAGAACUCUCAGCCUUCGAGACUGCGUGUUGACUCAGCCUUCUCCUCCCCAUCAGACCCCAGUCCCUGCCUCCAGAGAAAUGGCCUCGACCAAGAGGGCUGCAGGAGACACAGCCACGAGCAAGUGACUCAGGGCCACCGACCCUCUCCCCUCACCAGCUGAGGGUUUGCUUCCAAGCUGGUGAGCAGACUUGGAAUAGUUGAGGUUGCUUGAGAAAGAGAAGAGCUGUGAGUUGGGCAUCAAGAUACUUCUGCUCGUUCUAGGGAUGAAGUCCUGAUGUAUUAAAAAAACUGGGUUUGGUUGUUAUAAAUUGCCUCCUCAGUGGAAGUUGUAAAUAUAAUUGGAAAUGCCUCUGA